UUUGAUCGUGAUUGGAUCGCGCCUUAUCUUUUCCUCCCGUUUACCCAGACACUCCCCAGUGGCUCUGGCUCGGUUGCCUCGGGGUGUUUAGAGGUGAUUGUGUGAUACCGAUCGGUUCCUAAUUGAACUACAUUUAAACGAAAUUGGAUCGUCGAAAGUAGCUCCAACUGAUUCUUCCUGUGUCAUCAAUCUAACCUACAUUCGAAGAGGAGAAACAAUUACAGCUUUCGACGCCAGCUUACGUAAGCUCAACCGGAGACGCCUUCUCGCCAUAAUCGUUGUGUCCGAUGCCGUAGCAAAACACACUGCUUUCAUGGUUGAAGUUCCAUCGAGCACAAAAAGAUGGGAAACUCGUUAUGUAAGGAACCCAAUGUGAACAGCUCACUACGACCAGGGAGAAUGUUCAACAAUUUUGGAAAUGUGGUGUGUCCCAAUGGGCUAGGGAAAAGCAAAACUUGCAUCAAUAAAACCUAUUUGGGGAGACAUGUACUGGAGACUACUCCGAAAUCCAGUACGCUAGACAGUUGGCGUAGUGCCACAUUGACCGUACCGAAUGCUGGCGAUACCGUCAUUGAUAGACCUCCAGUGGCACCACCUCGCAAGAAGCGCUCCACGCUGGAACGUGGAACAUCGCCGCAAAUGUUAAAGGUUAAAAAUGGUUUCAAGGACGUCUUUGGGCCGGAUAGUCGCCGUGCAUCGCAUGAUAUUCAAACCACAACAUUGCAGGAUGGAACGGCGCAGGACACCGUUGAUGUUGGGCUGCAGGGAAGAGCGCAGUCAUGUUACGAAAUCGAUGCAAAGGUAGACGCUUUCAGUGAUUUUUCUGUAAUUCCAACAAAAACUGAACUGGAAAAGCCCAAAGCACCCAUGCAGAACCACAUAUCGGGGAAAGCGGCUACGGUUGGAAACAGGAAGUCGGAUAGAUUCUUCGGUGAGAAUCUAUCGGAUUCCUUGUCGAUUGUACCGGUAGUACCGGUUGUAACCGAAAGGCGAAAGAGUGCCAAGAAGGGUAUGGAAGAUCUGGAUAAAAUCGAUCAGUUUAUUGAGAAGAAUGUCUUAAAACCUAUAUUAAAAGAACCGACACGGAAUGAUACUUCGACGGCUGAGAUCAAGAGUCCAGUCCAGAUCGAAACCCAUAAGCUGAAGUUGGCUGAAGAGGAAAAGUCAAACAUCGAAGACAGUAAGAAUGAUUUGAACGAAGAGAAGGAAAAGCAACUGAUCAAGUAUAUCGACGAUGCGGUUGGGAAAGAAACAAAUUUGGGCAAGAAAGCUGAGUUUUUAAUGGCUAUGCUUGAAGAUUAUCCAGAGGACCAGUAUCUGGGAAUGGUUCCAGUAGAAGAACCAGUGAUUGUACCACGAAAACGCAAGAGUCGACAUAUUUGCGAUGACACCGACCAUAUGCACAACAUGCUACACAAGCACGAAGAGUGUGAAUCUUCCAAAAACCUAAUUACUACUGAAGCAUCCAUUGAAACACCUCCACGUAAACCUAAUCGUGACUUUGGGAAGUACCUGGCAUCACUAAACGGCUACAGCGAUUCUGACGAAUCUAGUACAGCGAGACCAAUCCGCAAACAGCGACCGCCGUCACGUCGAAGUUUAUCGACGCCUCCCUUACCACCAAAAUUACCGAAAAGUAUGUCGGAGACUCAACUUCGUACAAAUUCUAACGGUGCAUCGGUCGAUGCUUCUCGGAAAACAGAAAACUCAGACGACGCGAAAGCCCACAGCCCUCGAACCCUGAAACGAAUUAUUUCCAUGCCGUCAACAACUAAUCUGAUAAGAGCGGAUUCACGCAGCACGACUCCUCAGCCUUCAUUGCAGAAGAGCAACAGCUCCAGUUCAAUACUAAUGAAGGAUUUGCAAAAGGCACAAAUGUCUAUGGGUCGCUUCAUUCCUGAAGAUCACCACUAUAACGCAGCAGACGAACUGGUCAAACCGAAAUCUCGACUAAUACAUCGAAAAAUAUCCGUCCGAUCCAUUGAUAGCACUCCUAGUACGCCAACGCCUACCCAGGAAAAGGUUCCACCUAAAUUCACGAUCGGUAGCAGAGAAGUCGUGCGAUCACCUCCAACUCCACCUAGCAUGACGCCGCCGAAGGUCCCCAAACGAAGAAAAUCAUCUGCUAAUGACUCGAAGCACAAUCCACUGCUAGAACCAGUUACGCGAAAGCGACCGCUUCCCAAGGAGAUCCUCGGGUACGAUUUGGGAACAUUCAUGGAUUCAUCCCAAGUGCUCCACCACCACGACAUAACCAAUGUGAUUGAAAUGGUGUUCAAGGCAAGCGCCGGUAACGAAAACAUUAUCAAGGAGUUCCAAGUUUACUUGGAUGAUCAGAUUAACACGGAAAUCAACGAUCCCAACUCGAAAAAUCCUAACUGUGCCAAAUUGUUGAGGAUUCUCAAUGGACAAGGUAAUGAAGAAGAUGAAGAUAAGCUGGAGGAUGUGAAAAUCGAUCUAGUAUACUCAGAUGAUUCAAACAAAUCGUCGGAUAUUGACGACUGCUUUGAUCAGGAAUUCGAGAGAAUAGAGAAAACAGAAAUCGAUGAUAAGUUAACACAGAUAGUUGCGACGAAAAGUCCGUUACAAUCGAGACGAACUGGUAGUGUUGACGAGGUCAGCGGUUGGUUUGAUACAGAAGCCGAAAUCGGAUCAGUGGUAGAAAGAUCGGAUAAGUUAGGAAACAUGGUUAAUGUGAAAAGUCACGGUCCAAGGCUUGGUAGGCGUGAGAGCAUCGAAGAUGUUGAUGAUUGGUUCAAGUUACACACUGAACUGUUUCCGGCCAAGGAAACACUGAUAGGAGUUCGUGGGCAGCGCAGAGGAUCCGAUGGUUUUCUAACGUACGACACCACAAGGCAUUACCCAUUCGGGGAGGCGAAGCACAGGUGUGAUUCGGUUUCAGCAGAAAUGUUCGAAGACAUUACCAAGCUGCACGAUCUGGGUGUGGAUAAGGAAAAACUGAAUUCGCCGGUAUCGUUGCUGAAGAACCAGCGCUUGCAGGAACGGCGCGGCUCAGAUGGGCUGGUCUUUUACGAUACUAGCUGUAAGUUCCCAUUUGGAGAACCGAACACGGAUCUUCCCCGGGCUUUGGAGGAACAGAGUAAAAAGAUGGAUACUAACAACGAAACGAAACAUGUGACAACGAAUACAAAAGGUGACGAUGAUAUUCAGAAGUACAAAAGGGAUAGCGGCGAAUCGGAGCAUUCCACGUUAUUGAAGUUUUUGUCCAAGGAGAAGUUAAAAUAGAACCGGAGCAAAACAAAAUUUUAACUAUUGUUUCUAAGCGAGUCAGUAUUAUCAAAACCUAAAUUGUAAAGGCAUUAAUUAUUGUCAGGAUGUUACGAAAGUUACCGAAUAUUUUAUGUAGAUAACUAGAGAGCAUAUAGCCGCGAGGUAUUCUUGCCACGAAAUAAAGUAAACAUAAUCUAGAAAA